AUGAAACAUUAUAAGUGGGUACUUUUGAGCUAUCAGACUUGGUGAGUAGUUGUCAGUUAUCGUGAUUGAUUGGUUGAAUGCAGCAUCACUAUAAUGGACAUUGUGAUUCCAAUAAUGUUAACGCCACUGUUCUACUUGCCCGCUGUGGCCGGCUGUUCGAUGGGUUGGUUCCAAACGAUCGGGGUCCCGAUCGUCAUCCAACUGGUUAUGGGCGGCUUCGUUCUGUUAAGUGAGAGUUUUGAUUCCAAAACUUAUCAGUCCUUUUCCGCUUUUUAGGCAUACAGUUCACGAUGUUAGCUCUAUUUGAAUAUCGUCAUCACACUGUUCUGCCGAUCAACAGCCUUUUUCGAUUCAGAACUUCGAUUCGCGUCUUGUUCAUUACCGGAAAUUGCCUUUUUUUUCAGUUGCGGAGCUCUAUUGCUCAUUGCAGCUGCUCCCGCGGAUCAACUCGCAGCCAAAUUGAAAGUAAUUGAGGUUUUUAUAAUGAUUUUGGAGCAGAGGUCUCAAACCACUUUUCCAGUUCUUACAGUGCGAACCGCCUUAUAUCUUCACUUCUUGCUCAUUCGUUCUUGAUUUGACCUCCAGAGCUGCCUUUUUCAUAUCUUUUAUUACGGUUAUAAUGAUUUUACAACUUUCUUUCUUCUGCGUACAUGGUCUGUAUGUUCUGGACAGACAGAGCGGCCACAUGUCCGCGAAAACUCGGCAACUUCAGAAGACGUACUUUUUCAACCUUUGCGGACAGGUUAGUAUAUAGAAAGAUAAUAAUUCAAUAGAUAGUCUUUCAAAUAUUCUCCAAAAUGAUAAAGGGAUCCUUGCGUGUUUUGAAAUAACAGUGAAGUCGUCUUCUCGCAUUGAGGCCUUUUUCUUUUUGUUCGAAAAAAGCAAACGGCUUUGUAUAUAGUCCGUUCACCGAGACUUGACAGUUUUUGAGUGUCUGCGUCUCUCUGUUCUCUAACCGGCGAGGUCACAGAAACGCGAAAACAGCGCGUCAACAAGAAAGGUUCGUCGAGAGACCAGGAGGGCGCAGAGAAAAACAUCAGAUUCAAGUCGCGAAAAACGGACUAUUUGUAAAAAGUUGGCGUGGAACUUUAUAUAUUUAGGCCGGCAUUCCCGCGCUUUUUCUUUGCCUCCCACUUAGUUUCGCCGUUUGGUUAACCACAACGAGGAAUUCAACUCUAGGUAUGCAAAAGCAGAAUGGGCUUGGUAAUACUUUUCUACUUGGAAGCUGUUCCGAAAAUAAUUGUCAUAGUGGUAUCUCUUCACGGCGGCGUGUCUUCGACCUUCAUGAUCAUUGCUAACAAAUCUUAUCGCAGCUUCCUCUCUCGUUUCCGGGACUAUUUUUUGAAAAAUCCCUCUUUAAUUGGUUUGUGGUUCAAAAAAGUUCAUGAAGUCAUUAUUUCGCAGGUUUAACGGUCCACAAACCAGUGGCAGAUCGGAACUCAGCCUUGAGGAACUUCCAUAAAAAUGUCGUCUCACAAUAA